ACUGGAGGAUUUUCAAGAUGGUGCUCGAAAGUACUAUGGUCUGUGUGGACAACAGUGAAUACAUGAGGAAUGGAGAUUUUCUGCCCACCAGAUUACAAGCACAGCAGGAUGCUGUCAACAUUGUCUGUCACUCAAAGACGCGCACUAACCCAGAGAACAAUGUGGGACUAAUCACAAUGGCCAAUAAUUGUGAAGUCCUCGCCACUUUAACACCAGACACUGGCCGCAUACUCUCAAAGCUCCACGCAGUUCAGCCCCUAGGCUUAAUCUCCUUCUGCACUGGCAUACGGGUGGCACAUUUGGCAUUGAAGCAUAGACAAGGCAAGAACCACAAGUUGAGGAUUGUUGCUUUUGUGGGCAGCCCAGUGGAGGACAAUGAAAAAGAGCUGGUGAAGUUGGCAAAGCGAUUGAAAAAAGAAAAAGUCAAUGUAGAUGUGAUCAAUUUUGGAGAAGAGGAGGUGAACACAGAAAAACUGACUGCAUUUGUGAAUGCACUGAACGGUAAGGAGGGCACAGGUUCUCACCUGGUAACUGUGCCACCUGGGCCCAGCCUAGCUGAUGCCCUGCUGUCUUCUCCCAUCCUGGCUGGUGAGGGUGGUACCGUGUUGGGCUUGGGUGCGAGUGACUUUGAGUUUGGAGUGGACCCCAGUGCUGACCCCGAACUGGCACUGGCCUUGCGUGUAUCUAUGGAGGAGCAAAGGCAGAGACAGGAAGAGGAGGCCCGCAGGGCAGCUGCCCAAUCAGUGGCUGAGGCCGGCCUUCCCUCAUCUACUGCUGAUGAAUCUGAGGAUGCUCUUUUGAAGAUGACUGCCUCUCAGGCUGACAGUGACGUAGCAGCAUUGCCAGACUUCAGCAGCAUGACAGAGGAGGAGCAGAUAGCUUAUGCCAUGCAGAUGUCCCUGGCAGGUGGAGAAUUAGGAGAAUCAAUGGACACAGGAGCUCCAAUGGACACUGCCAAAUCUAAAGAAGAGGAUGAUUAUGAUGUAAUGCAGGACCCAGAUUUCCUCCAAAGUGUUCUGGAGAAUCUGCCUGGCGUUGACCCCAACAAUGAGGCCAUCCGCAAUGCCAUGGGUUCUCUGGCCUCUCAGAGUGGUAACAAACAAGAGGGGAAAAAAGAUGAUGAAAAGAAGAAAUAAAUUCAAAGACUGUUAUGUGACUUAUUGUGAUUAAAGUAUAAGCUAACUGGCAUGUGAAAAGCAAAAUUAGUAAAAUGCCAAGUUGCCAGCAGAAGUUAUAAAAACCGACAUCUGAUGUUUUGGAGAAAUUUAAGAUGCAGACCAAGUCGUUGAGACAUUUACUUUCAAAUGAUAUAUUUGCAAUGUUGUGUGGUACCUCAAAAAUUCACACAUGGCUUGCUAAAGAUUUUUCCCCUUAAGACAUAUGCACAAUUUGUCAAAUACUUCAUGAACCUGUGCAUAAAGAUGCAAAUGUUUUUGCGUUUUUCUAUUGCCAUUAAAACAUGGUCUA